CGGUAGUCGAUGCAGAGACGAAGAGUUCCAUCCGCUUUGUGAGCAAAGAGGACGGGUGCACCCUACGGGGAGUUGCUGGGUUUAAUGAAACCCAGUUUCAGGAGCUCCUCAAGCUGACGCUUGAGUUCGGUGGCCUCGGGGAUCGAGAGUYUGUAGGGUGCCUGGUGGUGAACACGAUAGUCAGGCACGAGCUGAAUGGAGUGCUCGACGUCACGCAUCGGUGGGAUGCCGGCGUACGAGAACGAUGAUGGGAAAACGUCGUGGUACUCUCGGAUGAGGUCGCGAACUGCGGGCUCCAAGUCAGUCGUAUAUUGUGCGAGUUCCUCAGCAUCAGCGUCAGCGCGCCACGGCGGGGUGGACUCGACGGACGGCGGAGGGACGGAAGUAGAGAUGGGAGCCAUGGAGAUAGAGGGAGGAUCUGGCUCCAGAGGGAUGAGCUCGGCGUCGGGACAGGGUGGAUCAUAGUGUAAGAGAUCCGUCACGUCCACCAUAAAGAAGGUGACGCCGUCCUGUCGAAUGAAGUGAGCGAACUGCCGACGCAAGGUGACAGUGAUAGAGGGAGAUGGUGUGGGCACUGAAGGCUCCGGGGGAGGAGGAUCAGGGCGUGGUGUCACCGUGGUACCUAUGAAGGUACGCGAUACGUCUGUCCACACUUCGUUUUGAGAAUGAGAGUGUUGGUCGCCCAGUCGGCCACGGUGCUGCGGAACCGACGAGACCACGGAGUGUCGAGAAUGAAGUCGUACCCCGUCU